AUGGCGCCGCAGACCGACGUGCAUGGAAUAUCCGCUGCAGUGGACAUACUGGCAGCAGAGAUAUCCUGUCAAAAGGGUCUAAAUGUGAGCUUAUCAGAAGACAAAUCCAAGGAGUUGGAACAGAACCUCAGACAGAUCGUGGAGUCUACUUUAAAAGUCUUCUUUGACCUGAGAGAUGCUUUGGAACAACUCACACCAGACCAAAAGGCUGAGCUGAUCCUGGACCCAGGCAGGGACGCUUCUGAGGAUGAGGCCGUAGUAAGGGAGGUGUUCAACAGCUUGACGGAGCUCCAACGUCGCGAGCAGUUGGAUGCGUUUUUCCAGGCUUUUGCAAAAAUAAACAAGCAGAGAAACAUCACCUUCCUCCAAAAUCCAAUUGUGCGAGACACCAUCUUGAACCGGACCUUGACUGCCCUUGCUCCUGAAUUUCAAGACUUUGAGCCCGAAGACUUUCGGCUGUGGUUCCAGGACUAUUUGGCUACUCUAAUGCCAAGCCUCGGUCCUGGCAGCUUGGUGGGGAUCCCCCGCAACAUCACCUGUGCAUCCUAUUCAGCCAUACUCACUGGUCUGCGGCAAAGUUUGACAUCCCUGCCACUGGCCCUUUCACAGGGUGUGAGAUCAGGCAUCGAGUCACUCAGGGAGACAUUCACACGUUGCUCAGGUCCAGAUUCCUUCAUGUGCAAGCGGACCCCGGUCAAUGAGGACCUCAUCUGUGCUGCAGUCGACAGAUCGCAGCUCGAUCAGAACCUGUCUACUGGCAAUUCCUCCAACUCUCUGUGCAGUUUCACCAUCACUGAGCAUGCCUGUUCCUCGGCUACGCAUCUCACAUCCACCAACUUGGCCUCGCUGCUCAAAUGCUCCGUGGAAAACCAAACGACAUACCCGGUAGUGGUCUGGAAACUUUUCUUUGAAAAAGCUUCUCCUAUGCUAGAUCAGGCUCUGGAGACAUUCGCCACCAUGGCCCCCAACACCAGCAAUCCAUCCGUAUCACAUGCUCUUGAGGCUAUUGGAGAGGUGAUAAUUGCCAACUUCAGCCAGGCACAACUGCAGAGGGAUGCCUUUGUCCGCAGCUGGUUCCACACAAAGAUUCGCCCAUUUUUGGCCUAUCCAUCGCCCAACUUCCUAUUCUGCCUUAGCACCAACAACUUCAGCUGCCUCACGUACCAGACUGUCAUCAAGGCAUUCAGCAGCCAAAUGGCAUCCAUGGAGCGAGAAAGACAGCAAGCAGUCCUCACUCACUUCAUCAAGCCAUUCCUUUCAAGAAAUGACUCAUCAGAUCCUGGCUGUGUCUCAUUUAGCGGAAGUAGCUUGGAGUGGCUACAGGCAAACCUUGGCAACUUCUCUGGUUUUGCAACCCUGCAGGAUUUGCAAGCCCUCAAUUCCAACUUCUCCAGUGCCGAUUCCUUGUCAGCGCUCACUCCUACUCAGCUGGCACAGUUGACACUGAGCUUGGCGGCCUCCAAUGACACAGACCAAAUCGACAUGGUGUUGGAGCGACUUGAGGAGGGCAAUGCUCUGGAAAAUGUGGAUGAAUUCCUGACGCAGCUGGCAGCAAACGGAGAGGUCCCUGAUUUCCAACCUGUUGUGAGAGAUCGUCUAAUGAACAGCACCUUCAACAUCAUCAGUCCGCAUUUCCCGCAUUUCACGAGGACCGACUGGCUUCUUUGGUUCCAUGUGAAACUGGUACCCAUCCUCCCAAGUUUCAGUCCAACGAUGCUGCAGAAUGCAACCUCACACCUAAACUGUACAAACUACCAUGUCGUUGUGAGUGGAUUGGCCAGAGCGUUCCCUGCGAUGUCGAUGCAUACACGACAAGGAACCGCAGCCGUUAUGGUGGGCUACCUGAGAAGUUCUACCAGUGUCAUCAACCAGACAGCUUGCAGGCAGGGAAAUCAGAGUGAUUCGGAAUGGCUUGGAGCCAACUUUGGUCCAUUUUCCCAGUACACAACCUACUCUGAGCUCAAGGUCUUCAACCUCUCUGUGCUGGCAGUUUCGGACGCCCUCUCACCAGACCAAAAGGCUGAGCUGAUCCUGGACCCAGGCAGGGACGCUUCUGAGGAUGAGGCCGUAGUAAGGGAGGUGUUCAACAGCUUGACGGAGCUCCAACGUCGCGAGCAGUUGGAUGCGUUUUUCCAGGCUUUUGCAAAAAUAAACAAGCAGAGAAACAUCACCUUCCUCCAAAAUCCAAUUGUGCGAGACACCAUCUUGAACCGGACCUUGACUGCCCUUGCUCCUGAAUUUCAAGACUUUGAGCCCGAAGACUUUCGGCUGUGGUUCCAGGACUAUUUGGCUACUCUAAUGCCAAGCCUCGGUCCUGGCAGCUUGGUGGGGAUCCCCCGCAACAUCACCUGUGCAUCCUAUUCAGCCAUACUCACUGGUCUGCGGCAAAGUUUGACAUCCCUGCCACUGGCCCUUUCACAGGGUGUGAGAUCAGGCAUCGAGUCACUCAGGGAGACAUUCACACGUUGCUCAGGUCCAGAUUCCUUCAUGUGCAAGCGGACCCCGGUCAAUGAGGACCUCAUCUGUGCUGCAGUCGACAGAUCACAGCUCGAUCAGAACCUGUCUACUGGCAAUUCCUCCAACUCUCUGUGCAGUUUCACCAUCACUGAGCAUGCCUGUUCCUCGGCUACGCAUCUCACAUCCACCAACUUGGCCUCGCUGCUCAAAUGCUCCGUGGAAAACCAAACGACAUACCCGGUAGUGGUCUGGAAACUUUUCUUUGAAAAAGCUUCUCCUAUGCUAGAUCAGGCUCUGGAGACAUUCGCCACCAUGGCCCCCAACACCAGCAAUCCAUCCGUAUCACAUGCUCUUGAGGCUAUUGGAGAGGUGAUAAUUGCCAACUUCAGCCAGGCACAACUGCAGAGGGAUGCCUUUGUCCGCAGCUGGUUCCACACAAAGAUUCGCCCAUUUUUGGCCUAUCCAUCGCCCAACUUCCUAUUCUGCCUUAGCACCAACAACUUCAGCUGCCUCACGUACCAGACUGUCAUCAAGGCAUUCAGCAGCCAAAUGGCAUCCAUGGAGCGAGAAAGACAGCAAGCAGUCCUCACUCACUUCAUCAAGCCAUUCCUUUCAAGAAAUGACUCAUCAGAUCCUGGCUGUGUCUCAUUUAGCGGAAGUAGCUUGGAGUGGCUACAGGCAAACCUUGGCAACUUCUCUGGUUUUGCAACCCUGCAGGAUUUGCAAGCCCUCAAUUCCAACUUCUCCAGUGCCGAUUCCUUGUCAGCGCUCACUCCUACUCAGCUGGCACAGUUGACACUGAGCUUGGCGGCCUCCAAUGACACAGACCAAAUCGACAUGGUGUUGGAGCGACUUGAGGAGGGCAAUGCUCUGGAAAAUGUGGAUGAAUUCCUGACGCAGCUGGCAGCAAACGGAGAGGUCCCUGAUUUCCAACCUGUUGUGAGAGAUCGUCUAAUGAACAGCACCUUCAACAUCAUCAGUCCGCAUUUCCCGCAUUUCACGAGGACCGACUGGCUUCUUUGGUUCCAUGUGAAACUGGUACCCAUCCUCCCAAGUUUCAGUCCAACGAUGCUGCAGAAUGCAACCUCACACCUAAACUGUACAAACUACCAUGUCGUUGUGAGUGGAUUGGCCAGAGCGUUCCCUGCGAUGUCGAUGCAUACACGACAAGGAACCGCAGCCGUUAUGGUGGGCUACCUGAGAAGUUCUACCAGUGUCAUCAACCAGACAGCUUGCAGGCAGGGAAAUCAGAGUGAUUCGGAAUGGCUUGGAGCCAACUUUGGUCCAUUUUCCCAGUACACAACCUACUCUGAGCUCAAGGUCUUCAACCUCUCUGUGGUGACAAUACUGGCCUCUCUUUCUUCAAGACAAAAAGCUGAAUUGCUUCUUGAACCAAACAACCUGUCAAAUGAGACCCUUGUGAGACUAACAUUCACAGAACUGAGUGUUUCAUCAGGUGUGGAGGAACUUGGUUCUUUCUUUGAGAAAUUUGUUAGCGGUGCUGCAGAGCAAAACCUGACAACCAUUGAUCCGAGUGUGCGUAACACCAUCCUGAAUCUGACACUAAUGACACUUGGAUCAAAAUUAUCCAUGCUAAAUGCUGAGGGAUUCAAGUUGUGGUUUCAGGUUUACCUACCUCUAUUCCUCCCAAGCAUUGACACAAGCACCUUUGAAAUUAUUCCAAGAAAUAUCAGCUGUGACUCCUAUCAAGAGAUUGUCAAGGGAUGCAACAGUGUUUUCAGUCAUCUCUCUGUGAGGCAGACCAAACAGGUUUUCACCUUCACAAUGGACUAUCUUGGGAGACAUUCCUCCUCUGGUCUCUCCUGUGUUGAAUCUGUAAAUGAUGAUAGACAAUGGCUUGAAGAAAACUUUGGUCGGUUCCGUUUGCAUGCCUCCUAUAUAGAUUUUGUCACUUUGAAGAGGAAUUUCAAUGGAGUGGCGGUUGCAGAGCUUCUCACUCUCAGUCAGCUUACCCAGCUUGCAGCAACUCCCUCACAGCUGCAAAGGAUGCAAGAUGUGACAAAAAUAAUGACAGUCAUCAACGCUGUUGACUUUGGUGCUUUCUUUGACAUAGUCUCACCAGCCAUUGAGAUCCAUCCAGCCAACUACACAGCAGAGGUAAAGUCUGCCUUCCUCCAGGCAGUAUUUGACAGAGGGAAUUUGUCCUCUGUCAAAGACACAGAGUUCCUGCUGUGGCUCAGGGUUCGACUGAGCCCCCUCCUGGUUGACCUCUCUCCCAGCCUGGUGACACCAUUAUUUGACAUCGGGAAGAACAGGAGUUGUAACAGCAGUCAAGAGAUAAUUGCAAUGCUGGACACACUACACUUGACACUAAGCAACGACACCAAAAGGGAGGUCUACAAAAACACUCUGCUCUUCUUACAAGGCCCAAUGCCCCUCAAGUGUUACAGUGGUGGAAGCUUCUACACCUAUCUAAGAAACACUUUCCUCAGCUUUGGCUUUCCCGAUUUGUCCACAUUCAUCUCUCUCCUGCCACGGACGCGUGAGUCAGAGCUCUUAAGUACCAUCAGCAGCUCAGAGUUGCGUCAGUUCCUCAGUCAGCCUAAUGUGAUUGGUAACAACUCUGACAUCUGUGUCAUCUUCAACAACUACAACAACACUCCCGCCUUCCUAGAAACUGAGGAUGUUCCAGAUGAUGUGAAGAAGAUGACCCUCCCCUGUGUUUGGUCUUUGGCACUGAGUAGCAACAGCAGAUCAGAGGCUGAUUCCUGGUUUGACCUGCGGUUGAGGAACUAUCUUAGAUUCCUCAGCAAGAGCCUCAUCAGCCCAGUCAAAGUGCAGAAUGCUUCAUGUCACGCUUUCCAGAAACUGGUCGCUGUAAUGGGAAAUAACUUCACAUACAACAGCUCUGAGUUUGGAGAGAGUGAUGUGUACACCACUGUCAGGACCUACUUGAGGAAUGGCACAGAUGCCACAGAUGGAGUCAGAUGCUACAAUGCCAGUGAUGCAGAACUCAAUUCUACUGCCUGGUUUGUCAAUAACAUCGGCAACUUUGUGAAGUUUAUCGCUUUGGAUGACUUCACCUUCUUCGUCUCAACCAGUCAAAGUGAAGUGUUCUUGGAGGACCAAACCAACCUGGAGCUCUUUAACAACAAAGCGAUCUCAAAAGAUGUAACUGAAUUGUACAUCUUGCAGCUUUUCACAUUCAACCCAACCUUCAGCCCUAUGAAGCUUCCAGGCUUUUUCCUGUGCUCUUCUGAAGUCCCUGGUUCAGCAUACUCUUCUUUGAGUGAAAACAAUACCAUCCUCAUACUGAAUAAGCUGAAGGAAUUCUGCAAUGGAACUGAGAAUGCUGUGACCUUUGCAGCUCUGACAUCCAACAUCCAGACAAUCACAGGAGAGAUGUUUGCAACCCUGGGCAGUGCUAGCGCAGGCCUGACCACCAGCCAGAUCACUUCAGUUGCCCCAUCAGUGUUGGUUUCGUCUUUGUCCACCCUGAGCUCAGUCAGCACCUGGAACCAGGAGCAGGCCACCACAAUCAUUCAAACCAUCACUGCUGCAGGCUUCCAGAUCAAUGACAGAUCCUCCCUGGAAUCUCUUGGCACACUUGUUGCUGGAGUUCCUUCGAAAUCAAUUGAGAAAAUCCCGGCUUCUGUGCUGCUCAACAUCUCCAAGAGCAGUACUUUUGUUUCCAACAUGUUGGGAGCCCCAAAAGUUGUCCAACAGACAUUCGUCAACAAGAUCAUUUCUGUGGACUCAAGUCCAGCCAAAGUGGUUAUGAAUGUCCCUGAUGCCAUGGCAACUGAGAUCCCUCCGUCCCUGCUGGUAUUCUCUCAGGAGAUGGUGGACAUCAGUGUGAUUAAUAAGAAGGAAUGGACAAGCGAUCAGGCUGCCAUGUUUUUUGGGACACUGGGUGAAGCAAACAUUGACGUCGAGCAGCUUCCUCCAUCUGUGCUGCAAGGCUUCACAUGUUCUUCAGUCCAGAGGAUGAGACAAACGAGGAUCCAGGGGCUGAUCCGUGCCUGUAGGCCAAGAAGAGGCAGGGCCAAGGUGGAGCUAAAGGAAUCACAGCUGACUUGCAUGUUCAACCUCCUCAAUGGAAACCUCUCCCAGAACUUCACAGAUUAUCCCUCAGACAUGCUUCUCUACUUCAACAACAAAGACAUCAAGAGAGCCAACUGCAGGUCUUACCUCUCGGCAGUGGGUGCUGCAGACUUCUCUGUGGCCUCCAGGGUUUUGAAAAAGGACUCAUUGCUGCUCAGUGAAGCCAGGAGCUGCUUGGGUAUAAAUGGGAUGAAGCUGAGCAGAGACAACGUGGAGGUGCUGGGGAACAUGGCCUGCACUCUGAACAGCUCUUACAUCCAGAACGCUGAUCCUCUCAUUCUUGAAAAACUGAAAGCCUGCAACGACCUCUCUGACAGCCAGGUGGAUGCCAUGGAGAGAAUGCUGCUGUCAGGGGAAACAAAAUACGGGAACCCCAGCACCUGGAACAAGCAAACACUGGAAAACCUUGGGCUCCUACCGCUUUAUUUUACAAGAAACUUCUGGGGCCAGUUCCAAAGUCAAACAAAGAAAAGGUUCCUGAGGACCUUCAAUCCCCAACUGAGGGGAUCAAAGACACAGAAGAGGAAACUCAAGGUGUUGUUUGAAGAGAUCAGUGCUCAAAAGACAAAACGAGGAGCAGGUUGUACCGUGGGCAACAUCACCCAGGUUACAGUUAGUGACGCUUCCUUCCCCUUCGGCUACGACCAAGUGCAAUUUGACCUCUGCCUGGACAUCCCAGUUCUAAAGGACAACCUCCUCUCUAUCUGUGAGAAAGUGGAUGACAACGACUUUCAGAAGGUCAUUCUGAUGAAACUCAACCAGGCAUUCCCGUUGGGUAUUUCUGAUGAGAAGGUUCAGGUGCUCGGGUCAGUGUCUCGCGUGGCGUCACUUGAUGACAUUUCUAAGUGGAACAUCACCAAACUUGACACCCUGGCUGCACUCAUGGAUGCUGAUGCCGGACCAUGGGAAGCAGCAAAGAGCAAAGCAAUCAUCUCCAAGUAUCUGAACACUUCUGGGAACUCCUUGGGCAGCACUGAGCUCAACAGUGUUGGCUCCAACCUGUGCUCAUUAGACUCCAGCACAUUGAUGACUAUUACCCCAGACAGUAUCAGAAGUGCCAAACCUCUGGAUGUGACAUCAUGUUCAUCUGAACAGAAGAAAGUCCUGUAUGAGAUCAGUAACUCUUCCUUCAGUGCGCUAAUUACCAGUCCGAGUGCCUACUACAAUUUAAUAAAGCACUUUCUAGGUGGGGCAUCUCUGGAAGACAUAUUAAAGAUGUCAGCCCAAAACAUCAGCAUGGACAUAGCCACCUUCCAGAGUCUGGAUCCUAACGUGAUAGCUGUUUUGAAUGUGACCAAUGUGCGAGGCCUCAUGGGUUUUCAACUACAAGAUCUGAAGUUGUUUGAGAACGAUACCGUUAUUCGGGACUGGGUGAACUUGCAGUCUCAGUCUGACCUGGACAGCCUCGGUGUGGGUCUUACCACCAACAGAACCAACCUGACGACUGCACCAUCUGGCUCCAACAACAGCACAGACACUACUGCAACAACUGCAGUCAGCACUGCAACACCAGCGCAGGGAAGCACAGGUGGCUCGACGGCAACCACUGCAGUGACAACAGCACAAGGAAGCACAAGUGGCUCAGAUGCACCCAUGACCAUUACAGAUGCAACAACACAAGGAAGAACAAGCGUCUCAGAUGCACCCAUGACCAUUACAGAUGCAACAACACAAGGAAGAACAAGCGUCUCAGAUGCACCCAUGACCAUUACAGAUGCAACAACACAAGAAAACACAAGCGGCUCAGAUGCAACCUUCUCAACUUCAGCAGCAACAACACAAGCUAAUACCACAAGUGGAGGAGCAGAACUUGCAAAACACCCAACAUCCAUAUUCCUGUCCAUUCUGCUGACAGCUGUGCUGCAAAUUCUACAACAACCAGCUUAAAUAUGUGUGUGACCUUAGCAACCUAAUCAAUAAUCAGUUAUUAUUCACAACUUAAGUAAAUAUCUUAAUUGCAACUUCUUAUUUUCUGCUUCAUUUCCUCUCUUUAAGUAGUAAAACCAUGUCAUUGAACAAUCACAGUAAUCAAAAUAAUUUAUUAUGAAUGGACAUCUUUGAUUUCACUCUACAUACUGGGAAAUAAAUUACUGCUUAUAAUAACAUAUAUUUUCAAUCAUUACUAAAAUCAAGAGAGUACAAUAUAUUAUAAUCCCUCAAAUGUACUGUAUAAUGUAUUACUAUAACAUACUCUGUAUUGCUAUUCCUUAACUUUCCUAAUAAAUGCUUACUAAGACAA